CAAGUUUCUUGAUCUUCUCUGGGUCCGUCACGUCUUUAUUUUUCAUAAAAGCUGUCUUCAGGCGCUCUCGAAAAUAAGUUGAUCCCUGUGGAUACUCUCGACCAAGAUAAAGAAGCUAUGGGCACAAUAAUGCAAAAGGAAGCCAGAUUACAAGCAGAAAGAGAUGAAAAGGAAAGACUGGAAAGAAAGAAAAAGGAGAAAGUAUUGCAAGAACUUGAGUUUAAGGAUUUAGGGAGAAGAGAAAAUGAGCUGGACGAACUGCGGCAACUUCUGGAAGACAACCACAAUGCAGUGGUUAAGUGGAAAGCUGAGGAGGCAGAAAAAGCCAAGUGGGAGAGCUACAUACAUUGUGAUGGUACACCGGACCCCUCUGUGCAACAGGAGAUCAAUACAUAUAUGAGUCUAUGGAGAGAGGAGCCUGAAGUCAAUGUGACAAAAGUGCUGGAGCAGUGUACUGGGGCAAUACAGUUGAUAGAGAAACUAUCUGAUCUACUAAAAGAAACCUCAAAUAUACUGGACAUCCAGAAAUAUCACGAAGCCAUUACUAAUUUACAAGAGCUUGUUCACCUAAAACAUAAUCUUGUUACUGAAGACAUUCUUAAGGAAGCCAGUGCAAACAUUGAUACUCAGACCGGCAACAUGCAGACUGUAGUCAAAGAUGAGCACAUAACUCUCUGUCUUUGGGCCAACCUAAAAAGGAAUCCAAGAUUUGGUGGCCUGAACUUUGAAGAGGUCGGUCUUGGUUUUGAGAUUCCCAAACAACUUGCGGUCAGUAACAUUGCAGUUAGGAUUCUGCAUACACAAUACGACCACCUCUCCCUACUGGCCCGCAUGACUCACACAAGAAUGCACACACCAAGCUCCAGGUCUCUUACAGGAGGGGAAAUUGUCCAAGAGGAGAUUAAUGUAACAAGGGAGGAGGUGAAGGAGCACUACUCUGUACAACAUAUACCUGUGGAAGAGGAGGAUCAAACUGACUCUAAAUCUACUGGUGGACAGAAUGCCAGUCGAACUAGUCUCCACUCCACAAGAACCAGUAUCCAUUCAGCAGAGAGCAGACAGAGCCAGAUACAAACACAGAUUGAAGCUUUAAAUGGUUCUGUGGAGAGGGACUUGUCCUCGUCUCUUUCACACCUCAAUACAACCGAAGUGUGUUUUAAAGUUCAAGUCGUGGACCUGAUGCAGUAUUCUCCUUUGGGCGGAGUCUUCUACUAUGAUGUGUUUCACUUGCCCCCUCAGGCACGUCAUGCCAAUGGCUGGACCAUUAGACAAAUAUUGGACACAGGUUUAGAAGCGUUCCCCUAUCCACAAAAGGGGCUCCAGAUGAAUGGAUCACUCAACAGCAAAUUGGAUGACAUUGAAGGUCUGGGCAGCCCUCUUGUUGGUGUUUCUGUUACCAUACCUGGCCAUGUAAUGUUCUUGGAAAAUCCCCAAGUGGCUCGAUGGGAUGCUACAGGAAAGCAGUGGAGAAUGGAUGGCAUCACUGAAGUGGCGUGCAGUGAAGAUAAAUCUAAGAUCGCCUUCAAAAUGGACUCUUUCCAGCCAUUUGUUCUCAUACAAGACACGUACGCCAACUUCCCCUUCAAGAGCUGGGAACUGAAGCCCCUGGGACAAGAUUCUGCAGUUUACACAAUUAAAGGAGACCUCAUUAAUGUCAGCAUCACUGUUCAGGGUCAUAAGUGCAUGGUGCAGACACUGGAGCAGAAAUGUCCGUCUCAUCUCACAGGGAAGUGGAUGAACAGCACAGCCCUGCAAAGAGCCAUGCAGGACAGUGGGAUUAACAUCUUUGUAAAUGAGUUUACAGAGAAAUAUGUGACAACAUAUGGCAAGGAUCCACUGACAGAGCAUUCGGCCUAUGAGCAGAUGGCCCUCUUCUCCUCGGCCUGUGCCUUUACCUGGAGCAGGUGGAACGCAAAGUGUGGCCCAGAGCACCUCGUCAUGCAGGUCUGUGAGCACCUUGCCCCUGGCCCGGUGCCUAAAGACCGCUUGUGCUUGUACCUGUUGGGGGCGCAGAGAAGUCAAAGGCUGGGCAUCUCCGAGAGCAGUGAAGACUUCAGUCCAGACCACUGCGCUGGGACUGAGUUCCAUUCCACCUUCAUCCACAUGCUACAGGACCACAUGAGUGCAGAGGGCAUCGCUCGAACCAGAGCCUCACACAAUCUAUUUGUGGACACUGUCCAGAGCCUGCUGUGUGCCACCAGACCUCUGCUCUAUGCAUGA